AGUGUUUGUUCAUUCAUAUAUUUUCAAUUGCUUGUUUGCUUAAUACAUUACGAAAAUGGACUCUUUUAACAAUGGCCACGAUCCUCGCGAUAGCCCUUUUUACGGAACCCCGAUUUUUUCACCAAUGGAUGAACCGAAUAAUUCACCUUCUCAACAACAUUUCAUAUCUCAAAGGCAACCAUUGCCACUAGGUCAUGUAUCAAAUAGCUCAUUUCCUCAACGCGGUCCCUUUGAUCCCCAAUCACAACGACACUCAGCUCCGGGAAGGCAGGCAACCACCGAACACCCCGUAAUCCCCCAGCUGCCACCAUCACCCACAGGACAACCCAUGCCCCAAUUCGCAUCACAAUGGUCAGAACCAUACCACAGCUCGGCCCACAAUCGGCGCCUCGAUCCCCGCCCACAAUAGAUUUUGAAGCCUUAAUGAGCCAUUCACCCUGGCCUCAAUCCUCAUUUCAAGAGUAUACACUAGACCCCUGUCGUUCUACCUCAAAUUGGAUGGAACCACAAGAGUCGGUGGCUCAAUCGAAAGUUCAAGAACCUACACAAAACUGUACACCGAACGUUUCUGGAGCUCAAAGCUCCUUCUAUGGUCCUCCACCAAAAGAACAGUAUGAUGUCCAGAAGUCACAUCCAAAAGGCCAUCGCAUUCCAGUUUUUGAUAUGUCUCUUAAGAUGAUUUGGCAUGAACCGCAAGAUAAUUUCCGUUUAAAUCGACAUGACGAGCAGCUUGGUCAGAAUCUUUCGUCGGAAAAGCGUCCAUCGGUUUCAUUUAACUCGUCCUCGCCGCCACAAAAGACAACGAUUUUCUGGAACAGACUUGGACAAUACUGAAACUAUGGACAAUGGCAAUGGGGGAAAUUGGUUGCAACUUUCAGGACUGAAUAAUGUUGAAGUUAUGGGCGGUCACAAUGGAGAUAAUUCGGCACCCCUUUCAGAGUUAAACAAUAAUGAAGCUUUUGGAGUUGGAAACGAACACAAUCCGGCAUCUGAUUUUCGAGGCCAGCUUCUUUCGCGGAAUUAUUUCGUAUUUCAUUUGGGCAAGGGCUUAAUCCUCAGCUACACUAAUUUAAAUGUCUGUGCUGUUCGUUACUUGUGUCAUUAUGUCAGUCAAAUUUUGCCCACAGUCAAGGUGUGGGACAUUAUCAAAUCAUACACAACAAUGGUUGUCGUAGAAAUGCACGACCCUGCUAUGGACGGCAAAUCGUUUGAAUAUCGUCUAAGAAAUCGGCUCGUAGCGUUAGCUCAAUAUUUUGGCUUCGACCAGACGAGAGUCGCCGAUAUUUGCCAAAAACUGGUUGUAAUAUGCAAUAAAAGGACAGUCAACGUGGACUUGCUUGAUGACGGACUUGAGUUUCAACCUCUAAUCGCCCACCUCCACUCUCUCAAAAAGAAAGUUAUUUUUAUGGCUGACUUGAAAGGGAAUAUCGAUGAUGCAAUGUUUAAAGGUCAUUUAGACCUGCUUAUGGCAGAUACGAUUAAUAUGGUGCAAAUUCCAAUCCCCUGCAUGUUAGCAAGAGCUCCGGUUUAUAUACGUAAUUUCUCGGGAGGUCACGUCCCCAUGAUGGAAGACGUAUUAAAAGUUCCAGCUAUGGUUUCUGGGAGCAAAGGAGAUCAAGUAUUGAAAAUGGUAAUGGAGGAUUUGUCAUGCAAGGAAGAUGAUACAGUGUUUGUGAGCAAUAGUGCAAAUCACAUUGGACCUCUAACACUGCCGGAACUUCUGUAGGUGGACACCACGGGACUAAUGGAACACUCGCAAUUGUCUUCCACAUAGAGGAUGCGGUACAAAGUUGAUACAUACACUACUCUGGAGAAGAUUUUGGCAGGCGAGUUUCAAUGAAUCUCUCCUUUUUCAAAGAGACUGAUCAUCACCGCGGUAAGGUUUUGUUUAAUGCUAGAGACGCCAAUUACAUUGGAAUUCAAGUUUAUAUUACGAGGUCUCCAGGUCAAGUUCUGUAGGAAUACAUAAGAUCA